AUGCCGCCGCAGAGCCUUCGAAUCGAUAUGGCGCGCGUCACGUGCCGCCAAGCGCGACCAAUAGCCGCGCGAGGGCGCUGCGGGGCGCGGGGAAGGCCGCGGGGGACGCGCCGCUCCCUCGCCAGUGCACGAGGAGCAAACGCGCGCGACGGACGUCAGUUCCGUUCAUCUCUCGUGUAGUCAAACACGAGUUUCUCCGAAAACCGGUCCGAUGCGAUGUCGUUAUAGUGCUGUGUCGCCGCGAUGAGUGCGUGGACGGAGGAAAUGCUGUCCUGGCGUGACGAGCGGCUCGGCCUAACGGAGCUGCCGAGCACGACGAGGAGAAAACAUAGGAGCGCGCCGUACAGACUGCAUCGGCCACACUUGCCCGUGCCUUACGUGCCGGAGCCCGUUCCUGAGCCGCAGGGGACGCACAUUUCGAGGUUAUACCCGGAGCUCCUGGCGCUUAUAUUCGAAAGGCUUCCCGUGCGGGACCGAGGCCGCGCCGCUCAGGUGUGCCGCGCGUGGAGGGACGCGGCUGACCGCCGGUCCGUGUGGCGCGGCGUCGAGGCCGCUUUACAUCUUCGCAGACCUGCCCCUGUUCUCUUCGCUUCCCUAGCCAGGAGAGGAGUCCGAAAACUACAAGUCCUGUCCCUUAGAAGAGGGCUGAGAGACGCUGUCGCGUCGCUUCCAGGCCUCGAGUCCCUUUCCCUAAGCGGUUGCUAUAGUGUCACAGACGCCGCUUUAGCUAGCGCGUUCGCGGCGGAACUUCCAGCUUUAAGAAGAUUAGACUUAUCCCUAUGUAAACAAGUAACCGACUCUUCCCUCGGGAGGAUAGCGCAAUCGCUCAAAAAUUUGGAGGAGCUAGAAUUAGGCGGAUGUUCAAAUGUUACGGAUACGGGCCUACUUUUAAUAGCGUGGGGAUUAAGAAAGCUGCGACGUUUGAACCUCAGAUCCUGUUGGCACGUGAACGACGCGGGCAUAGCGCACCUGUGCGGCGGAGGUGAGGCGAGAGGCACGCCGGAGCUGGAGCAUUUAGGACUACAAGACUGCCAGAGGCUGACCGACGAAGCUCUGAAACACACGGCAACCGGGCUUCCAAAACUACAAUCGAUCAACCUCUCCUUCUGCGUUGCCGUCACCGAUGCGGGACUCAGGCAUUUAGCGAGGCUUCCACUGUUAGAAGACGUGAAUUUAAGGGCAUGUGAUGGUGUUUCCGAUGUCGGUGUGGCGUAUUUGGCCGAGAGCGGACGCUUGACCGCACUGGAUGUGUCGUUUUGUGAUAAAGUCGGUGACGAGGCGCUGUCCCACGCGACGCUGGGGCUGUCUGGGCUGCGCUCGUUAUCGCUCAGCGCCUGUCGGCUGACGGACGAGGGCCUCGAGCGGGUCGCGAGGCUAUCGCAGCUCGAGACGCUGAAUAUAGGCCAAUGCACUCGCGUGACGGACCGAGGGCUGCACGCGCUGAGCGACGGCCUGCGCAACCUGAAGGCGAUAGAUCUCUACGGCUGUACGUGUAUCACGCCGCAAGGCUUGAAAGACAUCAUGAAGUUGCCUCGGCUUAGUGUACUUAACCUCGGUCUCUGGCAUGUGCGGUGACCACACACACACAGUGUUUGAACGUUCGUUAGUGUGAGUGCGGCGCCAUGUUGAAGUGAAGGAGCCGCCAAGGUUGUGCGCCGGACAGUGAAUGAAAUUAACCAACUUUAAGUUUAACGAAUUAUUUAGGAAGUGGGGCAGUUUUCGUUGUUAUUGACGUUGUUUGUUUUAGGCAGGAAGACGCCCCAACGCCUAGUCGACUCGGACCUUUUUGAACGUAACGUUUCGUAUUUACUAUGUAAAUUUAGUCCGCUUAUGCAAUAUAGUUUCGGAAUCCAGUUUUUGUUGACUUUCUCUUUAAAAAGGUCUGAUUCUUAAUGUAAGUAAUUGCUCCAUUAGCUAGAUAGAUAUUUAGGCAUUCUUCAAAUUAAUUGUUUCGGGUCGAUCUCACCGGUAGUGAUUGUUGCAUUUUCUCAUUUCGCGGUUUUGGGGGUUAUUUCUUACUUGUUAUAAUUUAGUUGAUUUGUUUGGCCUUGAACAAGCUUGAAACCUAAUUAUGUACAAGUUAUUUAGUUGAGAACAAAGUAAGCUAGUUGUUUUCAAGGAAAACUUGAAACCAUUAGGGUUUCUGCCGAUUACUAAUUUAAAUUAACAAUCGGUUGUAUCUGUUUCUUGCAAAUAAUUAUUUACCUUGCAAAAGCGUUAUUAUCAUGUUAUUACUUAUCUUUAAAGUAUUUUUACAACACAAGGUGUUAUUUUAUCUUCCUUUGUGCACCCUGCAUAUGAAAUUGAAUUCAUGACAUCCUACAUUCUUAAAUAAACAAUAACAAAGUACCCAAUUAACAAAGACUCUCGGACAUUGCGAGUAUAUUCAAAAUAACGACACGGGACAUGUUUAAAAUCAAAAGUUGACGUUACGGCACCAAGAGGCAUACUUAAGUUUUUUACCGAGACAUUGAAGAACAUGGAUCUUAAAUAUUUGAAACGUACUCAUAAAACAUAGGUUUCUUCAUGAUAAGUUUACAAAAAUUGCAAACGUAAAGUGGCACCCAUUUCAAAAAGUCGCAAGCCGUAAGUUAUUUUCGUUUUUACAGCUACUUUGCGCGGUUACCAUGGCAACACGGCUUGUGGCUUUUACGACAGCCGGGCUAGCACAUGAUUGGCGCGACAGUAUCUCGCCGCGAGAUAGACUACCCGUCCUUCUCUAAUUAAUACAGUUAGAAAAAGACGGGUAGCGAGAUACUUUCGCGCUAAUCAUGUGCUUGGCCUACUGGGAUUAUUUGGGCACUGUUCGGUAGUUCUAUAGGACUGACAUUUUUUGUCUUAUGAACACCAUUUCAUAAGGAUUUUACAGUUCUGCAGAGCAAAUGGAAAGUACCCGA